CCGGUUGUCUCCUCAACCAGCGAUCCCUACCUAUACGACCUCUGCAUGGCCUGUGAGAAUUAACUCACACAUAGGUGUCUUGCCUGACCCGACAAGAUGAACAUGAUGUCAGCGAGUCCGUCUCUCAAUCCUGCUUCGACGCCGUUCUUCCCCGGAGGAAGCGGUUUCAAUAAGGAGGACGACAGCAGGGGCAUCGUGGCCGCGCUGCUCCGUCACAACAGUCGAGACGCAGUCAGCGCAACAUCGACCUCCAGUCUCUCCAUCUCUCCUUCGGAAUACCGUUCGGUCAAGUCAUCGCCCAGUCCUUCGCAGACCGACGGUGCUGAAUCGCGCUUUGACCGACAGAGCGAGUUCCACUCGCCGGCCGAGCUGUCUCGUCGCUCACCCGCAAAUAUCGUCCAACUUGACUCGGAGAGAGGCGGAUUUGCUGUGCAGAGGCCCAUCUUGAGAGAGUCGAGUAUGACCGCCAUUCUAGAGGUCGGUCCAGAGGGCGAAGAAACUCCGAGUCCACUCACGGCCAAUGGCUCGUACCAGCACAACACCCUCUACUCCAGCGUUAUGGGACGUGUUAGGGAGAGACUGAAUACCCCGCCCGUCAACCCAGAGCCUAACUCCAGAUCUUCAUCGUUCAACUCAGUGCACAACAACCAUAUCACGUCAUCGUCUCCGGCGUCGUCUCUCGACUCUGGUAGCAUCUUCUCGACCAACAUCGACCUCAAUGUGAGCUUUGACACUCAUCUUAGGGCGUCACCCGCUUUCCACGAGGUACUCGACCGACUCGAUAAGCAUGAGCGGGCGAUGCGCGAGAUGCAUCGCUCCUUGCUUGACGUCAAUCGGAAAGUUGAUCUUCUUGUCGACCGUGCUUUUGCACAGGCUAGCUCUCCGCCGGAGUUCAGCAACCCUUUCGCUGGAAAUUCUGCCCCUUCUUUCGCUCCGCCCAGCUUGAAUGGGUUCAGCGGUCCCCGCGGGUCCAUAAUUGGAAACAUAGCUCCGAACCAGCCCGCCCCGGCUGAUGACAUUUCUGUGAUAUCCCAUCGCCUCAGCUCUCUCUCUACGUCUGUCGACCAGCUGAUUGCUGUUCAACAGCAGUCACUCAACGGACCCAUGCUCACUCAGAGCCCACAGCCUAACGACAUGAUGGCUGGCCGUGGAGCGAUUCCGCAAGCGGCCGCCAUCGGGCUCGGCAUCCCCGGAAGGACUGGUCCUAGACUGCCAGUUCCACCCUCGCGUACCUGGUCUACCGGCACUCUUGACAUUCCCAUGCGGUCGAACGAGCAGUUGACUGGUCCGUUAGGUCGCGCUGAUCCGGGGUUGAGAGACAAGAGACGCUCCGUAACUGGUUUGCUCCGGCGUGAUUCAACUGCGACCAUCGACACGACGGCUACUCGUGACGGUGGUCCCGUGAUAUCAAAGUGGGAGCAGCUCCCUCUUCAUUCGGACCUACUGCGCUCUCUAACAAGCUUCGGCGUUGGCCCACCGAACAAGAUCCAGCAAAGGGCACUGCCUUUCCUACUCCGAGGCGCUGAUAUUAUUGCUCAAGCGCCGCCCACUCAAGAGCGCAUUGCAGCGUAUGUGAUCCCCGCGAUCCACAUAGCCCUUACAAACGCAACGCUGGGCCCAAUGAGCGGGCCAUUCGUCGUCAUGAUCUCUACUACCGUCGACCAAGCGACCCAAGCGCACCGCAUGAUUCGUGACCUUGGGUCCAGUAUUGGUAUCCGCUCCGCCCUCGGUGUUGGCUCAACCAUUGGGGGAAAUGACCUCGCCCAAGAACUCCGUCUCCUUCACCAGAGCAUGCCCCACAUCAUUUGUGGAACCCCGCAGAAGCUUCACGCUCUCUUCACGUCCGCUGGUGGCAUCUCUGGCUCGGAAGUGCGCUUCUUGGUUCUUGAUGAAGUUGAUCAGCUCAUCGCACGCAAUCUGCAAGACUUCGUUUUCAAUAUCGUUAAGCUACUUCCCGCUCCGCGCUCCCGCCCACUUAACACCACACCGACGUUCCCACCCGCAAGCGCCUCUUCGUCAAUGUACUCGGUUCUCGAUGGCAACAGCUCCUCAUCCUCGCUUAAUCCUCCGUUCGCUAAUCAGCGUCGGUUCUCUGCUAUUGCCUCAUCCCCACCAACGGAUAUACCAAGUGGUGCGAUCGAUCGCCAGACUGCCCUUUUCUCCAACACGGUACCCCAGGACGUGCUCAACUUGGCGACUGCCAUCAACCUUCGCGAACCAGUGCGCGUCCUCGUUCGCCGCGACGGCAAUGUCAGCCAGGCCGAGCCUGGUCAGGGUGCCCGUGGUUUGCGCCAGUUUUAUCUGUACUUGGCAUUCACUGCUGGAGGCGGCCGCCCAGACAGCUCGCUGCCCCAGGGUGGCACCGGAAUCAUCGGUUCCGGCCGCGGCACUGUGUCCAGUGCGGAAACCGUCCAAGCCCGGGAGUGGAAGCUCGAUGCUCUCGCAGAUUUGCUUGAGGAUAUAGACGUGCCGCAUGUGAUCGUGCAUGUGGGCGGACAAAUGGCGUUGGACAGUGUCAGCUACAAACUUGCAAGCCGCGGACUUGAUGUUAUCCCUCUGAACAAUGAUAUAAACACGGGUGCCAAGUUGGGGGCACUAAACAAGUUCCGCAACGGUGCGGCGGGUUUGAUGCGUCAGCCUUCGACCAAAGUCCUCGUCGUGUACGAUGUUGUUAUCAAGACGGGAGAUGUGCCGCAGGUCCCGCUCGUGAUUAAUUACGACUUACCCAAGGCGGUGGAAGAAUAUGCUCAUCGCGUGAACCCUGCUAUUGCUACGGGCUACUCUCGUGCCGGAAUUGUCAUUAAUUUCGUAACUGCAACGGGCGGAGACGUGGAAAUGUUACGGUCCAUAGAGUGCUUCUACAAGAUCAAAUGCCCCGAAGUCCCCUCAAGCCUCCGAGAAAUCCUGUGAUGACGCCGUGUGAUUCUCCUGUAUCCCUACGUGUUCGCUCUCUCUGCUCCGCUAUGUCGUCUUCAUGCUAGUUCGCUGCUACUAUUCUAUCAAGACGUCCCGGGCACUCAUUACUGUGUUAUAUACCCCUACGUACACAUCCUACUUGACUGUCUCGCUAACCUGGCUCUUGGGCAUGCUCAGCCCCCUCUGUAUACUGAUAGCACCCAUCUCCCUCUCGUCUUGAUUCCCUCUGCGUCCUUCUGAUCUCGAUACCUGAUACCGAUAUUGACUGUGCUUGCUUAGUCUGUGCUGAUUUGGACGUCUAAUACCUUCAAUGUACCAUCUUCGCUGCAACUUGCAAGCUGCCCGGUGUUGCCACCGUUCUGGGGUCUCCAGGCAAUGCGGUGUAUCUGGCCAACGUGUGCAAUUUGAGAAGAUAUCGCGCAGUCUUGUCUCCAUUCGGAAGGGGCGUUGACCGCGUUUGAAUAGAUGACAAUCUCCCCGGACUCGAGGCCGACCGCCAAGCGGCGUCUCUGAUCUCGGUCUAUGGGGGCGAAUGCGACGGCGGUCGCCGCUUCUGGCAGCUUGAGCGUAGCCUCCGGUGCGGGCUUCUCCUGCGUCGAGAGGAACUUCGUGUGCCAGAUCUUGACGGUUUUGUCGCGCGACACGGUCGCAAAGACGUCAUUCUCGUGUGCCCACGCGCAAUCCCAGACGAUGCGCGCGUGCGACUUGUCCGCCACGACGGGGACGAAGCCCGGCUCGCCGUCCUCUCUCCGCGCGUACAGCCGCCACGAGCGGUCGCGCGAAACGGUGAGGACGUGCCGGUCGUCGGGGCUGAACGCAACGGCGGUGACGGUCAGCUGGUGUCCCGCGAGCGGCGCGCCGUGCGGCUGCCAGCGUGCGGUGUCGUAUACGCGCACGACGGCGUGCUCGGGCGACGUCGCUUUGCACGCCGUUGCGGCAAGACUGCGGUCCGACGAGACCGCGAGCGUGAUGGACUCGUAGCCGUGCCCGAAAACUUUCUCGAUCUCGG